AUGAUGAAAAUGAACAUAUCGAUGAUAAUGAUGAAAAUCAACAUAUCGAUGGCAAUGAUGAUAAUCUACAUAUCGAUGAUAGUGAUGAUAAUCAACCUAUCGAUGAUAAUGAUGAAAAUCAACAUAUCGAUGAUGAUGCAAAUCAACAUAUCGAUGAUAAUGAUGAAAAUCAACAUAUCGAUGAUGAUGAUAAUCAACAUAUCGAUAAUGAUGAUAAUCAACUUAUGGAUGAUAAUGAUGAACAGAUUUUAUGUAUGGUUCCCAAGCAUGACGAAACCAUAAAAAGAUCCAUAAAAAAGUUUACUGUAAAUGAAACAAGAAACGUCGUCAUUGUGGAGGCUGUAAAAGACAGAGUAAAAGACGUUCUGAAAGGUUCAAAAAUGUCGAAACGUACUCAAAAUUUGAAAAGGAAGUCGUUUGAUGACGAAGUUGGCGAUAAUUUCUCUGCUAAGUUUGAGAAAAAGCAAAAGUCGACAAGAAAGAUGAAGACAGGCGUCCAUUAUUACUCAGAGGUUAACGUUAAGAAUAAAAAUCGCAAUAGGAAAAGCGAUAAUACCGGGCAGCGGUCACGCAAACGACAAAAGCGAAGAACUUAAGAUUUAAAGAAUGUGUGGGUAAGAACAUGGAAGAAUAAAUGGGAACAUAAAGGUACAUAUUCAUAAUUACAGUAGGAUUUUAUAUUUUUCCUCCCGCGGUACUCGGUUUAUAACAAGUCUCCCGUCAUAAGACAGCGAUGCAAAUACCCACGGAUCAGCGGAUGACCACUCGACGGAAUACACACUAUCUUCAUGCUCUUCGUACGUGGCAAUGACACCGUCUUUUGGUGGGGAUUGUGACCUGAACACAGAAAAUUCGUUAUUUAAUUCAUUUUUAGGGAGGAAAGGGGGGCGGGGAUUAUUACGCUGUCAAUCCAUAGCAUUGUGAAACAAUUUUAUGUCUUUUCUUUUCAAUUUGUACAGCAGAGAAGUACGAAUCUUUAUGUAUGAUUGUAGUAGUGAUAAAGUUAAGAUUUCACCCCCCUGAUGUGUAUAUAUAUGAUUGAUAAUUACGGUGGGUGUUAAUCACUUUAUCUCUCAUCAUGCAACCUCCCCAACGCUGGCUUCAAAGAGCUUGGAACUGAGCUAUACUGGGAAAAAUUGAUAAUUUUUCUUAAAAGGACGUUGUUUAUAAGUUGUAAAUGAGAGUGUUUUUAACCAGCUUGCUUCGAAGGCCUUUAGAGGAAAACGUAUUGACUUAAAUUGUAUUUAUGUCCUAACAUAUUGUAGCCCUCUUUGGAUGAUAAACGUAGUUGAAGCUGAGGGCGGGUUGCGUACAGAAAUACGAAAUAAAAAAUCAUUAAAAAAGUUUGGUUUUUAAA